AUGGCCGCCGCCGCCGCCGCCGCCUCCAACCCUUUCCAGUUCCCUCGCCGCCGACCGCCGGACGACACGCUCUUCUACGCCGUCUACCCUCUCCCCCUCCCCACCGGCCUCCCAGCCCCGGCCCUCCUCGCCUCGCUCCAGUCGCUCCACCUCUCCCUCCUCUCCCACCUGGCCCCCUUCCUCUCCACCCACCUCUUCCACCGCGACCCCUUCACCCUCUCCCUCCCCGCCGACCCGGCCGGCCCCUGCGCGGCCUGCGCCUCGCCGCCCGCCGUCCCCCACCUCCACGGCGCGCUCCGCUUCGGGGACUCCCUCCCCGACGAGUGGCUCGCCGUCUCCCUCCUCUUCGCCCUCACGCGCGCCUUCCCGGGGCUCGCCGCGCGCGCCUGGGACUCGGACGGCGACUUCCUCCUCAUCGAGGCCGCCUUCGCGCUCCCGCGCUGGCUCGACCCCGACACCGCCCCCAACCGCGUCUUCAUCUUCCGCGGCGAGCUCCACAUCCUGCCGCCCUCCCUCUUCCCCGACACGCCCUCCCUCCAGGCCGCCCUCGCCGCCGUCCACGACGACUCCGUCGACACCCGGGCCUCCGACGCCGUCCAGGCCGCCAUACAACGCCGCAUCGCCGGGAUGCCGGAGAGGGCCGCCGAGAACCUCCACACGGCGCGCGUCACCGUGCCGGCGCCCGUGGCCAAGGUGCUCAAGGAGGAGCCCUGCUUGAUCGCGCGCGCGGUCGAGGGGUUCUACGACCGGGACAUUGACACCAUGAAGCACGCCGCGAGGAUGGACAAGUUCCUCAUGGGCCCCGGCGGGGAAGGGGUUGACAUGGUGAGGACGUCCGUGCGGAUGACGAAGGCGAUGUAUGGCCAGCUCAUGCAGCAGAGCUUCCAGGCGCCCAGGGGUUACCCCAUGCCGAGGAGCGAGGAGGGUCCGGACAAGUGGAUGGAGGCAGAGCUGGGGAUGAAGAUUGCGUGUGGGUUCGAGAUGAUGUACCAGGAGAGGCGGCACGAGGCGGAGGAAGGAAUGGGGAGCACAUGGGAGGUUUACAAGAAGAGCUUGGAGGCGACUGGCUGUUUUCAGGGGUUGCUUCCUGGUUCCAAGGAGUAUAAGAGGAUCAUGGAGGAUGCAAUGCAAUAUUACAAGAGCUCGAGUUCGUUCUCGCGAACAAGGGAGAUGCUAAGUGCACCGGUCCGUCGAAUUGAUGAAAUCCUUGCGAUGCCGUACUCGGCAGAAGAUUUUCAAGGCAUUAAUCUUCCCCCAAGUGAUGAUGAUUCUUGGCUGCGUAAUGGGGAGGAUGAAUUGAAUGCUGAACUUCAUGAAAGGCAGAAGGAAAUGGAAGAGUAUGCGGCUGUGAAGAAGAAUAGAAAAAGUCAAAAGCAAAAUGUCUCCAGCAGUUCAAGCUCCCAGCCAAACGAGUUUAAUCUUGGAGAAAUCACAGACUCCAUGCAAGAAUUUGUUCGCAAAAUGUCAAGCUUCGAGGGAGCUGAAGUUCCCACAAACAGGGAAGACACGGAGACAGUAGACCUUGAUGUCAACCUGUUCUUUAAGGCCAUGGAGUCGGUGUUAGGAAGAGCUUCACAAGAGGAAGCUGGCCAUGAUACUGAAGCUGGUAGAAAAUCCUCCUCGUCUGACAUGGACUUUGACGAUUCUGAUUUCGAUAAUGAUUCUACUGAAGAAGCUGGUGAAAAGGAUAUGGAUGAUUCUUUCAUGGAAUCAUAUUCAGAUGCUUUGAAUGACGAGCUAAGUAAGACUACCAUUGAGGAAACCUUUUCUCGAGCACAACGCCCUAGCACCAACAGUGAGGGUCCCUCGAAUGAUGCCGAUAGUGAUGAUGGGGAGAUGGCCCCAGUUGAUGUGAACUUGAACCUUGUGGAGAGCUUCCUUAACUCGUACUCGUCUCAGCAGGGCCUUCCUGGCCCGGCCUCGAACCUGCUUGGACUUAUGGGUGUGAAGGUACCACCUCCGGACGGUAGUAAAAAGCCAUGA